UGGAAAUAGGUUUAAAAAAAAUCCCAGCAGCGAAAAAAAAUACAGCAAGAGAGGGAAAUGAGGGGAGAGUCUUCUGCAAACCUGAUCUAGAAGAAGUGCUCAAUUUCCUGCUGUGAUGACUCAUCUGAGAUAGAAGUAUUGGAAUAAGUCUACACCAGAGAAAGGAAGGUGAUUGUUCCAUCACUAACUCCGAUUUGACCUGAGGAUGCUUUGUCUCUUAAAAAAUGUACAAGAGAAGACAGAAAUGGAAGAUUUGUCGAGACCUUUGGUGGUGCUGAACGUGCAGUAGCCCAUUGUUUUAACCGUGAUGAUAUACUAAAAUUGCAAGUUUUGGCAUUGUGGGUUUGCAUGGCAAAGUAACCGUGGAGAAGCCAGGCUAUCACAAACUUAUGGAUUUUGAUAAGAGAGGGGGGAGGGGGGAGGUGGAAGAAACAAAGAGAAUGUCAAAGUCUGGUGGACGGGGAACCAACUGUGGCCGGAGUACAGGGAGCAGCUCUGGAGUCUUAAUGGUGGGUCCCAACUUCCGAGUGGGAAAGAAGAUUGGAUGUGGAAAUUUUGGAGAGCUUCGUUUAGGAAAGAAUUUGUACACGAAUGAAUAUGUGGCCAUCAAACUGGAACCUGUAAAAUCCAGGGCUCCACAGCUUCAUUUGGAGUACAGAUUCUACAAACAACUGGGCAAUGCAGAGGGAAUACCUCAGGUUUACUACUUUGGGCCUUGUGGAAAGUACAAUGCCAUGGUACUAGAGUUGCUGGGACCUAGCUUGGAGGAUUUAUUUGAUCUUUGUGAUCGAACGUUUUCCAUUAAAACUGUAUUAAUGAUAGCUAUACAGUUGAUUACACGAAUGGAAUUUGUACACAGCAAAAGUUUGAUAUACAGAGAUGUUAAACCAGAGAAUUUCUUAGUGGGCCGACCAGGGAGCAAGCGACAACAUACCAUUCACAUUAUAGACUUUGGCCUCGCCAAAGAAUACAUAGACCCAGAGACCAAAAAGCACAUCCCUUAUCGAGAGCACAAGAGUUUAACUGGGACAGCACGAUAUAUGAGCAUUAACACACAUCUAGGCAAAGAACAAAGUCGAAGAGAUGACCUUGAAGCACUAGGUCACAUGUUUAUGUACUUCCUGCGUGGUAGUUUACCUUGGCAAGGUCUAAAGGCUGACACAUUAAAAGAAAGAUAUCAGAAAAUAGGUGACACCAAACGAGCUACCCCAAUUGAAGUCUUGUGUGACAAUUUCCCAGAAGAAAUGGCAACGUACCUCCGCUAUGUACGAAGACUUGAUUUUUUUGAAAAACCAGACUAUGAAUAUCUGAGAAAACUCUUCACAGACUUGUUCGAUAGGAAUGGCUUUGUGUUUGAUUAUGAAUAUGAUUGGGUUGGCAAACCAUUACCAACUCCAAUCGGUUCAAUCCACGCUGACAUACCACUGUCACCACCCAACCGAGACAAAGCACCACAACUAACCAAACAGGUUGUGAGUUCAACAAAUGGAGAGCUGAACACGGACGACCCCACAGCAGGACACUCCAAUGCACCCAUCACAGCUCCAGCAGAGAUUGAAGUGGCAGAUGAUACCAAGUGCUGUUGUUUCUUCAAGAGACGGAAGAGGAAAACCAUUCAACGCCAUAAGUGACUGUGGAAACUGCUGUGAUAUUUACACAUGUGCUCUGCAACCUUCCAAUCACGAUAGAUUCAGAAUUCCAUCCUUUCGUGGCAGGCUGUUCUCGAAGAUCUUGACAUUUUCUGUCCAGCAUUUUGGGCUUCUGACAUUGGCACUCUUCUGCUGUGAAAUUCAUACUGGUGGACUUACAAAUGCACCAUGCAGAGUUUUUAACUUCCUUUUCUGUGGAAAUCCACAAAAAUGUUGUCUUUGAAACAAAUCUGCAUUAAGUAGGAUUAUUUCUCUGUGGGAACAAGGCAAAUCAGUUGAAGUUUUAAAGUUUCAGAAAAAAAUGAUAGCGGUUACUUCUAGUCUUGUGAGUCUGUUGAUAUACUCUGAAACUUGGCUCAAGACAUCCACUAUUCAUCUCCAGUGUUAUAUAAUUGCAAGUCAUACAGUUUUUUUCCCUUUACUUUCCUCUUUUUUUUGUUCAGCGUGAAUGCGUGGUGUAGUCACUGUUGUUGGGUACUGUUGGGAUGAGGAAAUGCACAGAGCUUCCCACAUCCUUAAUUGCACUUUCGAUAUCAGUAUGUAAGAGCUUUUGGGUCUGAUUGUGCAAAAACUGUUUCUACAUACCUUUUUUUAAGGGAAUACAAAACCAGUAGGAAACGUAGCAUGUUUUUAAUUAUAGUAAUGACAGUAUAAUGUUUGCAAAAUGUAAAUGAGGCAAUUACAUUAGAAAACUGGGUAAAAAUAGGACCUAGUAAUUCACGGAAGCAAAAUGUUGUUCAGAUUCAGAUCUGGUUAGUUUAUGAUCCAGGUAGCAGGAGAGCUGUUAAUGAACAUGAGGUGGUCAGUGGUUGAAUUUCAGCAGCCAAACUAUCUUAAAAAAACAUGGGAGGAAAUGCCACACAAGGCUUGUGAAUGAGCAGACAUUGUUGAAAAGGCAUCAUCUAUGUUGGGUUUGGGCAAUUUUUAUACAAUUAAAGGCUUUUCAUUUCCUGUCAUAAAAAUGUUUCAUUAUUUAGUGAAGUUUUGGAAAAAUCUCUCAUUUCAAAUUAUUUGGCAUUUACAAGUCUUCGCUAACAUAGGCUUCUUGACAAAAUGUCAAGCUAGUUCAGACUAUUAAGCAAGCAAUAGGGAAAAGCUGCUGAGAAUUGGUUUUAAACAGUGAACUUGGGACAGCAGCAAUGCAGAAGAGAAGUUUUCUGGGAGCCAUUAUUCAAUCAGGCUGUUUGGACACAAAGGAGAAUCCUCAAGAUUUCAUAGCGUGUGUUAGAAAGCCAAUGCUAUUAUCAAUGAGAAAGUACCUCAAUUUCUGGAUUAGAAGGCACAGCUCAUUUGGAACGGAAUUUAAUUAGAAGUAAGUUUUGAUUUUGGAGGAAUCUCCUAGCUUUAUCAAUUGCUUCUAUUGUGCUCUAAGCUAUUCAUGUAGCUACAAUUUUUUUGUUGGUUUUGAACCACAAUGAUUUUAUGCACAAUUUUAUUUAGAAAAUCAAUUGUUUUUACUUGGAAGUACAUUUCAUUUAAAUCUUUCAUCAUUUUAGAAGCCUAUUUCUCUCAUUUUAUUUUCUGGCUGCAGGUUUUUCUCAGGAAAUUAGGGAACUUAAAUUGGACCCCUGAUAAGAUUGAGUUGUUACCAAUUAUCCAUCUCAAUAGAUUCUUGGCAACCGUAAGGAAAGCUUGGAUUAUAAACUUCUACCUAGAGCAAAACACUUGUACCCUGCACGUAACUAAGCUUAUAGGUUACGUCCUUUACUGUGAGUUGUUUUUAUAGAUGCUGUUUCUGUUGGUGCAGUACCUAGCAAGAGGUCCACUUCUGAUGCAGAGAACCACUGAUCCACAACCAUGUUCAACAUUUUCUUUGUGUAGCCUUCAAUUAUUAGUUGUUUAAUAAUUUUUUUGAAUGCUUAAGUGUUGCUGUGGAUAGUGUCCAUUUGCCUAUGAGCUAGCAGGAGGGGAACAUGAGAAAAGAAAGAUGAAAACGUUUCCCCUGAGCCUUAGUUACCAGAUCUCUAAGGUAACGUUUUGAUACACAUGCUUCAAUAUAUAUUAAUUGGGAAUGUCAGUACUGUUUGUUAUGGUUUAUGUAUGGAUUAAAAGACUAAAGUGAUUUUUUUUCACAUUAAAAAUUUUUGAGGUAUCUUUUGACUUCAGAGGAUUAAUUUGGCCAAUGUGGUUACAGCACUCCUGAAGCUUAUUUUAUAGGAGUGUGUAAUCUUUUACAUGUAUAAUAACACAAAGGCAUUUGUGUGUAAAUCAUGGUUAUUGUACUUUAAAUGUUAGGCUUUUGUUCACAAAUCUUGUGGACUGUGACGUUUUUUGUUUCCUGAGAAUUGCAAAUUCAACACAUCAGCGAAUGUGGGAAUGCCCAAGGUGAGGUUAGUAUUGCACAUUUGUACUUUCGAUAAGUUAUCACUCCUGAAUUGUUUAAAAAAAAAACUAAUUUCACAGAUGGAUUUUUAGACCUGUCCUGAGAGAAGGUAGAACUGAUUUUGCAACUGCCUGAAACAUGCACUUUUCAUAUUGGUGAUUGUGGUUCAGCAUGGCCAAAGUUUUAAUUUCCCUUAAGCAGAGAACAGAGUCAAGUGCUGAAUCGAAACUAUCUUUAGAAAAACCCUAAUGUUUGGUGGGCUGUUGACAGUCAUACCUUAUUUUAAUACUUAUUGCUGUAAAUAGACUUUCAGAAAAUUAUGCGAGCAGAUUAAACUGCUGGAAAUGACUGAUAGUUUGACUGUGAAUCAUGGAAUGAGUUGUCACAGUAGCGUAACGGUAAAAUACCAACAUGCUGAGCAACGCUUUGCAAACUUCGUCUGCUGCCUUUUCUGAUAGGAUGGGUCUGUCCUUGGCUGGAAAGCAAUGAUCAUGAGAAAUGAGAUGAUUAAAAUGUAUAUUGAUGUUUAGGUUCUGAUUUUUAUUACCGUUCUGUGCUAAAUGUUCACUAAGAAUGACACUGUAAAUGAAAAUGUUGAACUAUGCAUUCUGUAACCUGCCCAGCAACUUAACACUUGACACAAAAUGGCCCCUAUCCACAACAAGCACAUGAGCAAUUUUAUUUUGCUGUCAUUAAUUUUGGUGACUGUAAUAAGUGAAAAGAACCAAAUAAAGGGAGUACAAGCAAUUCAUUUUUUUCUCUCCUUGCA